AUGGCCAAUAUUCUUCCUGUAAGUAUUACUGUGACUUGUAGUUUAUUAGCUUAUCGAAGUGUUCGUCGCAUUGUUCGACUACAACUACCAGUAUUUCGACGAUGUCUUGAUCGACAAAUGACAGCGAUUACUUUAGCACGUGUUAUGAUACUUAUGGUAUGUGGCUUCCCUUAUAUUUGUUUUUCUCUAUAUGCAGCUAAUGUAAACAUCAAUGAAGGUAAUUUUAUGAAAUUGGCAAUCAUUAAUUUGCUAUCAACAAUACUUAGCUCAUUGCUGCAUGUUAAUUUCGUGAUCAGUUUUUAUGUUUUUUUAAUACUAUCAUCACGUUUUCGUCGACAAGCAAAGACUGUUUUAGUAACAAAAUCUUGGCGAUUAAUUAAAUCUGUGUUUAAUAGACCACUGGGAAAUGGAAAUAGAAAUCAAGUUUCUCCUCAAACAAUUGUACUAAAUGCUUCUGGUAAUGAACUAGAUUGA